AUUCGGUACUGUUGGCGAAACCAAUGUCCAAGGAGAAGAAGUGAAAAAGCUAGAUGUUCUUGCAAAUGAGCUCUUUAUUAAUAUGCUUAAGUCGUCAUAUACAGUAGCCCUUUUGAUUUCAGAAGAGAACGAAACUGUCAUAGAGGUUGAAGUUGAAAGAAGAGGAAAAUACAUUGUCUGUUUUGACCCCUUGGAUGGUUCCUCCAACAUAGACUGCCUCGUUUCGAUUGGUUCCAUCUUCGCCAUCCUUAAAAAAGAGGACAACACCAUCCCAACACUGAAAGACGCACUUCAGACGGGAAGAAACGUUGUCUCAGCUGGAUACGCCCUCUAUGGAAGCGCUACCAUGAUGGUGAUUUCUACAGGAAAUGGGGUUCAUGGAUUCAUGCUAGAUCCUAGUAUAGGAGAAUUCAUCUUGACUGACAGGAAUAUGCAAGUUCCGAAGAGAGGCAAAAUUUAUGCUAUCAAUGAAGGAUACACUCAUCAAUGGGAUGAUGCCAUCAAAGAGUAUGUCGCUAACAAGAAGGACCCUUCUAAAGGAAAGACUUAUAAUGCCAGAUAUGUCGGAUCUAUGGUAGCUGAUGUACACAGGACCAUUAAGUAUGGUGGGAUUUUUAUCUACCCCGCUACGACUUCUUCACCAAAAGGAAAGCUUCGACUUCUCUAUGAAUGUAUUCCAAUGGCAUACAUCAUGGAACAGGCUGGCGGCUCGGCCAGUAACGGAAAAAUCCCAAUUCUUGACGUGCAACCCACCAGUCUUCAUGAAAGAUCACCCAUUUUCCUCGGUUCGUCCGAAGAUGUGGAAGAAGUUCUUGCCAUCAUAAAAAAACACGAGAAAAAGGGCGACGCCUGAUCUGUAUUGUUCUCAUGUUAUAAUCUUUCUGUCUGCAUUAUAUUAAUAUCAUUUCAUAAGUUGUUGUCUAUCUCA